UAUUGAUAAGUGCUUUAUAUACACACUCUUCAAAGUUCAAAAAAACUAAACCAACGAUUAAUUGCGGUGAUUUCAAAAUCGAGUGUUUGAUAUCUUUUCCGGAAAAACCCUAAAUCGAGUGUUUGAUUGAUAUCUUGAAUUCAUCUUUUCCGGCGAAACUCCGUUCAAUCACCGGCCCAAUGUUCACGCCGCAAAGAAAAUCACGACCUAUCGGUACACCAGCACCAUUCACACCGCAUCGAAUCGGUGUCACACCUAAGUCUGCGCUCGCAAAGGGAAAAGCUGUUGUCUUCGCCGAUGAACCUCUGCCACCGCCGCCGUUGGGUUCUUUGACUGAUACCGGCGGUGAUGUGGUGGUGGCUUCUAGUUAUGCUGAAGAUUGGAAGAAAUUUAGAGAAGUUGGACUGCUCGAUGAAGCGGUGAUGAAAAGGAAAGACGAUGAAGCGAUGAUGGAGAAGAUUUCUAGGCUGGAGAAAGAGCUUUAUGAUUAUCAAUACAACAUGGGUCUUCUUCUUAUUGAGAAGCAAGAGUGGAGUUCCAAGUUCAAUCGGCUGAGGCAAGAACUAGCCGAAACUCAGGAGGUUUUAAAACGAGAUCAAUCAUUGCAUUUGAUUGCAUUGUCUGAAGUCCAAAAACGAGAGGAAAAUUCGAGGAAAGCUUUGAGUUUAGAAAAGCAGUGUGGAGCUGAUCUUGAGAGAGCUUUGCAUGCAAUGCAAGAAGAGCUUGCCGAAGUCCAGUCUUCUUCCCAUACAAAGCUAGAUAAAGCAAAUGAAUUGGUGGAUGGAAUUGAAGAGAAGGCUUCAACAGUUAACAAGAAACUGCAUGAUGCAGAAGCCAGGCUUGCUGAGGUAAACCGGAAAAAUACAGAGCUAGAUAUGAAGUUGCGAGAGCUGGAGGUUCGUGAAAGUUUGCUUCAAAAGGAGCGGUUGUCAGUUGCUACCGAUCGAGAAUCGUUUGAAUCAGUAUUCUACAAACAAAGGGAAGAUUUGAAGGAGUGGGAGAGGAAGCUACGACAAAGAGAGGAUAUGCUAAGUGAUGGUAGGCAAAAUCUUGGUGAGAAAGAACAGAAUGUGACUGAAACAGAAAAAAAGCUGAAGCAGAAAGAGAGAGAUCUAGAAGUGUCGGAGAAGAAUAUUGACUCAUCUAAUUCUUUAUUAAAAGAAAAGGAAGCUGAGAUGAGUAGAAGAGUAGCAGAUGUAGAUGCAGAAGAGAAGAAAGUGGAUUCUGCAAAGAAAAUGCUGGAGAUUAAAGAGAAAGAAUUACAAGAGCUGGAACUAAAGCUUAGUGCCAGAGAAAGUGAAGGGAUCCAGAAACUUCUUGAUGAGCAAAAGAAGACUCUGGAUUUAAAGUUGCAGCAGUUUGAGCUUGAAAUGGAACAAAAGCGGAAAUCCCUAGCUGAGGAGUUUAGCAGCAAGGAGGAAGCCUUGGAGUAUAGGGAAAUCGAAGUCAACCAUAGGGAAACGAAGGUUGGAAAAGAAGAGCAAGCUUUGAGUACGAAGUCUGAGAGAAUAAAGGAGCAUGAUAAGGAACUUUUAACAAAGAUGAAAUCAUUGAAGGAGGAAGAAAAGACUAUGAAAAUAAAAGAGAGAGAGCUGGAGAAGGAAAAGGAGAAAUUGCUUGCUGAUCGGAGGAGUUUGGAGAAUUUAAAUGAUGAACUUGAGAAGAUUAAAGCUGAGAUUUCUCAGCAGAAGCUGCAAAUAAGCCAAGAGACUGAGAAUUUGAAGCUUAUUCAAGAUGAGAGGUCAGAGCAUUCUCGUUUGCAAUUGGAACUAAAGCAGGAGAUAGAGCAUACGAGAAUGCAGAAGGAUUUAAUUAUGAAGGAAGCUGAAAACUUAAGGGAGGAGAGGCUUAGGUUUGAGAAAGAAUGGGAAGAACUGGAUAAGAAAAGAGCUGAAAUUAAUGGAGAACAACAGGAAGUUGAGAAGGAGAAGGAAAAGUUAAGAAAACUGAAGAACAGUGAAGAAGAAAGGUUGAAAAGAGAGAAGCAAGAUAUGGAAGAUAAUUUAAAGAAGGAGCUUGAAAAGCUUGAAUUGGAUAAGAAAUCAUUUAGUGAUUCAAUUAAACAAGAGGAAUUUCUUUUAUCUGAAAAGGUAAAAAAUGAAAAGGCACAAAUGGUUCAAGAUUUUGAAUGGAAAACAAGAAAUCUUGAGAAUGAAAUUCAGAAAAGGAAAGAGGAGAUGGAGAAAGACCUGCAGCAAAGAGAGAGAAAAUUUCAGGAGGAGAUGGAAAAAGAGCUUAAUAAUAUUAAUAUCUUGAAAGAUGCUGCUGAAAAGGAAUGGGAAGAAGUCAAGUCUGAGGGGAUCAGAUUAGAGAAUGAGAGAAAAGAACUCGAGACAAACAAGCAACAGCUGAAGUCUGACCAACGUGAGAUGCAUGAAGAUUCUGAAAUGCUUAUGAAUCUUAGCCAGAAAGUAAAGAAAGAACGUGAACGCCUUGUGGCUGAAAGAAACCAUUUUCUCGCACUUGUUGAGAAGCUCAGGAAUUGCAAGGACUGCGGGGAAGUUGUCAGGGACGUUGUUGUGUCUGAUCUUCAGUUACCUGACAGUAAAGAGUGUGGGGUUCUUCCCUUGCCUACAUCUCCUCUUGAGAACUCAAAGGACAAUGUUAUUGCUUCUGGCUCAAACCAUUCUGGAUCUAAAUGGCCUGUGUCUGUGUUCCGCAAAUGCACGUCCAAGAUUUUCAGUUUAUCCCCUAGUACAAACACAGAUUCUAUUGGUACUUCAAAUAUAGCUGGGACGUCCCCUGAGUCUGAUGUAAAUGUUAAUAUAGAAAAAGUUGGAGAGCCUGUGUCAUCUCCUAAUAUAGAAGGACCGAUAGUUGCUCUUCAAGAACGACAAAUAGCAGAUGGAGUGGCUUUUCACUCUUCUGAUACAGCACACCUCCAAUCCGAUAACAUUGCCAGAGAGGGGAAUACUGAAUAUUCUUUAUCCAUAGAUGAACACAGCUACAUGGAAAGCUUGACUGGGGGAGGUCCAGAUGAUUCUCAACAGUCAGUCCCAAAGGUUGGUCGACAAAGACCUGGGAGGAAAAGCAAAUCUGGAAUUGCUAGAACACGCUCAGUGAAGGCUGUGGUUAAGGAGGCCAGGGAGUUCCUGGGAAAAACGAGUUCGCAAAAUCUUGAUACUGAUUAUAUCAAAGAAAAUAGUCAUGAAGAGUCCAGUCACACUGAGAAAGCUACUGGUAACAGUACAAGGAAGCGACAACGUGCACAAACUUCUAAGAUUGCUGAAGGUGAGCAGAAUGCUGCUGAUAGUGAAGGACAUUCAGACAGUUCAACAGCUGGUGGGCGCAAGAAGAAAAGGUCAACAGUUGCUCCACCCACAACACAAGUUACAGGGGAGAAGCGUUACAACCUCAGGCGGCAUAAGACUGCAGGCACAGUUUCAUCAACACAGGAGUUAUCCAACAAAACAAAGGCUCUUGAAAAAGAAGCUUCUGGUGGUAAACAGGAGGCAGGUGAUAAAAACCCUGAAGUAGCAGUGGUAGCUGAUGACAAUAUCCAAACCACGACUCUAGUGCAGAUCUCAACCGUAAAGUCUGUGGAGAUCAAAGAUGAUCGAGUUGUAAGGUUUGAAAUACCAAGAGACAAUGUUGAUGACAAUGGUGCUACAACCAACUCUGUGGACCGCAUUGAAGAAAGUGGUACACUGGAGUAUGGAGAUGAAGAUGGAAGCAUAGUCAAUGACGUUGAAAAUGAGGACGAGGGGGAAGAGGAAGACGAAGACGAAGAGGAGGAGGAUCCCGGUGAGGUGUCUAUCGGAAAGAAGAUCUUCAAAUUUUUCACAACAUGAUUGAAGUAGUUUUAUUUCUCUCUGACAUCACAUUAUCAGAUACAUCCUCAUUCCUUUUAAAUAGGAGAGUAGCCAUAAUCUUUGGGUUAACUUCCAUGUUUUCUUUUGAGAUUUGAUAUUUAUCAAUGAAGGUAAAAAUAUUUUUUUGGCUCUCUUGUCCGUUAUGACUGUCCUCUGGCAAAUUAAAUGUACUGCUUAGGCACGGAGGAUUUUCCAUUCUAAUGCUAAUGGAUAAUAAAUAGUGAUGAAGUGAUAUUAACAUUCAAUAACAGAAUAAAAAAGAGUGUUCAAUUUA